UCUCUUCCUGUGACGUCUGGCCCACCGCAUCCGGAUCUGACUUCACAAGAUGCUGACAUACUUGCAGUUAAACCGUUUUCCUGUCAAAUUUUCAGUUCACACUUGCACGCACACGCAUGAUCUUUGUACCUGCACGAUAAAUAAUUACAGACCAUGGUAGGCUACUGUCCAAUUUGUGGAAAGCCUGUCUACUUUGGGGAGAAGAAGAGGUCCUUAGGGAGGGACUACCAUCCUCUAUGCCUGAAGUGCCAGAGGUGCAACAGACAGCUGACAGCUGGCCAGCAUGCUGAGUACGAUGAUAAGCCGUACUGCACACACUGCUACAUGAAGAUGUUUGGCCCGAGAUGUACACUUUCAGGUCACACUAAGAACACACAUGCACAUAGUCGCGCACACAUGAUUUCUGACUCUUUCUCCCAUGUUUGGAUCGUUCCUCACAGGCAACAGGUGAAGGAUGUCUCCACAGGACAGGCGCGUGGCCUUCAUCGCCCAAACCAGACGGAAGCACAACUAGUAAAUACUGACAUCUAAGACGAGGCAGCUGAAAAGCCACAAAAUGUAGAGGCUUUAAUGAUAAACAAUGACGAGCGUACAUCUAACUGUUGUUCUCGUUAGGAAUUGAAUAUCUAUGAAUAAGGGGUGUUUACUUGAGUUUUAUCAUACUGAUUGUAAAUUUGAACAGGUUAUUUUGCCUUACAUUUUCAGAACUUUAUGACUGUAUUUUCUAGGUUUUUUUUUUUGCUGUAUCUGCAAUGAUAUUUUUGGUUUUGCAAUCACAAAGCAAUAAUACUAUUCAAAGUAUUCAUACAUCCACAAACCUUAAUGUGUUUUAUUUAGGUUUAAUGAGAGAUACCAACACAAAGUAGUACAUAGUGGUAAAAGGUCAAUAUAAAUUACACAUUGUUUUUGAACUCUCUAAAAUAAAAAUGUGGAUAUAAAGUCCUAUAUGCAA